CCUAACUGUGAUCUCUAAAAGGUUUUAACCCACAAAAAGUUGUGCGUCCCAGAAAAAAAAAAAAAAAAAAAAAAUGGACCUCAAGGGCAACACGACCCCACAGCGUUAGUUUACCGUGAAGUAUCGGGCCCCACAGCUCCACAAAAACCAACCCACUCUCACACUCGUGGAGUCACAUCACGCCAUCGGAAUCUCCGCCAGCUGCGCAGACUCAGCAGCUUCCUCCUCUCACCGUCACAUCAGGGUUUUCCGUGGCUCUGCGCGGAUUUAGUCCACUUAUUUAUUUCAUUCCUCGUUAUAUAAUUCACUUGAACCACACGCUGGUACACGCUGAUCCGUCCUGCACCUGACACCGCAUCCGACGCAAGAAACCUGAAGGAGGCGACAGCGGUGACCUGGUUAAGCCUCGUGUCACUCACCUCCUCCUCCUCCGCCUCCUCCUCCUCCUCUCAGACGGACCAGAAGACAGCGACCACUGGCUGAGGAGACCUCUCGCAUCCACAUCAUCCUCCCCCAGACCACCUCCUCCUCUUCCUCCUCUUCCUCCUCCUCCUUGUCUUCAUCACAGCUGACAUGGCGGACCCCAGCCUCACGUCGCCCUCAGGGACCCCGCUUCGCUCCCACAACGCCCCGUCCCUCACCCUCUCCUUCCCCUUCUUGAGGGAGGGGAGUCGGGUGUGGGAGGAGGGGAGGGAGCCUCCGCUUCCUCGGGAUCUUCCCAGCCCACUGCCGACCAAACGCACCCGCACCUACUCAGCGACGGUCCGCGCUCACUCAGGUCCAGUUUUUAAGGGCGUAUGUAAGAACUUCUCCAGGUCACAAGGUCACGGCUUCAUCCGACCGUCCCACGGCGGCGAGGACAUCUUCGUUCACAUCUCAGACAUCGAGGGCGAGUACGUCCCAGUGGAGGGCGACGAGGUCACGUACAAAGUGAGCCGGGUCCCACCCAAGAACCUGAAGGUGCAGGCGGUGGAGGUGAAGAUCACACAUCUCAACCCAGGGACGAAACACGAGACCUGGUCCGGGCAGAUCAUCAGCUCCUAGGGGUCUGGAGGUGCUGGUGGAGGGAUGUAGGUGGUUGUUAAGUGGUGCUCUGGGACUCAUGACUUUAUUAUUAUUAUUUUUAAAAAUUGUUUUUUUUGAAACAAUGUUUCACCUACACAGCAAAGAUUAAUAAAUACAUCGUUAUUAGGGGUUGAACCAGA